CAGGGACGGCGAGGCGGGCGCUCAGAGCCCAGCAGCCGGGACCCCGCGGCCCCACGGCAACACCCGGACCGCGAGCGACGGUGAGGCUCGCGUCGGUCCGCGCGCCCUGCCCCUCCCCCGACGCCGCCCCUCACGCUGGCCUCCUUCUCCUCCAGAGCCGCCGCGCCUGGGACCGGGCUGUCCCCACCCGCCUGCUCCAUCCCAGCAGCCGCAACGUGAUCCAUGGCGCGAUUCCUGAGACUUUGUACUUGGCUGCUGGCGCUGGGCCCCGGCGUCCUGGCCACGGUGCAGGCGGAAUGCAGCCAGGACUGCGCGACUUGCAGCUACCGCCUGGUGCGCCCAGGCGGGCUCAACUUUCUGGCUUGCACGCUGGAGUGUGAAGGACAGCUGCCUUCUCUCAAAAUCUGGGAAACCUGCAGGGAUCUCCUGCAGGCGUCCAAGCAGGAGCUUCCUCAAGAGGGUACCAACUUGUUCAGAGAGAGCAGCAAACAGGAUGAGGGCCACUUGCUCAGCAAGAAGUAUGGGGGCUUCAUGAAGAGGUAUGGGGGCUUCAUGAAGAAGAUGGAUGAGCUGUAUUCCAUGGAACCAGAAGAAGAGGCCAAUGGAGGUGAGAUCCUCGCCAAAAGGUAUGGGGGCUUCAUGAAGAAGGAUGCAGAGGAGGGGGAUGCCCUGGCCAACUCCUCAGAUCUGCUGAAGGAGCUGCUGGGAGCAGACCAUGAGAGAGAAAGCUACCACCAGGAGGGUGUUGACAAUGAUGACGAUGUGAGCAAGAGAUAUGGGGGCUUCAUGAGAGGCCUCAAGAGAAGCCCCCAACUGGAAGAUGAAGCAAAAGAGCUCCAGAAGCGGUAUGGGGGCUUCAUGAGGAGGGUGGGCCGCCCGGAGUGGUGGAUGGACUACCAGAAAAGGUAUGGAGGCUUCCUGAAGCGAUUUGCUGAUUCUCUACCCUCUGAUGAAGAAGGCGAAAGUUACUCCAAAGAAGUUCCCGAGAUGGAAAAGAGAUAUGGAGGAUUUAUGCGAUUUUAGCAUCCUUUCCCAUCAGUGACCCCAGACCCUGAUAAACUUCCCUGUAUCCCAAAGUGAGCAACUGCUUCACCAAUCGUGUUUUACUGGCACGUGUUGCUUGCACUGUGUGGCUGACUUUAUGAUCUGGAUGAUUAUAUGGCCUGAAAGCUACCAUUUCAGGCUCUAUGUGCUUGUGAAAGUCUGUAAGCUCAGUAUUAGUCUAUUGCAUCUAACUUCGUUUCAUGCUUAAAUAUUUUUGUUACCUCAUUUCUUAUUUUGAAAAACACCAAUAAAUGCUUCCUUGUAUAGAGAUACAAUAAACCCAUUUUCCCAACUGCA